GCUCUCACGGACGCCAUAGUAGUAGAGAUUCAAUGAUGCGAUGUCUGUAAGUCUAUGAUCUGUAGUCAUUCCAAAUGUUGUGACACUGGACGUUGCUAGGGGGCAGUCUUUCACUGGUCUGUGUCUACUCACUCUCUCGUUGCUUCGGCGCGCAAUGACUUUCAAAGUGCUAACUCAAGCUAGAAAGCAAAAAGCACAUUGGCUGGAAAACCGGGGCGGUUAGCUUGUCCACACAGAAACUCGACGAAGAAGUGUCAAAUUCUCUCUGAGGGUUGCCGGUUAGCUUAAUUUCGACACAAGAUUUUGAAAUAACAAUCUGUACUUUUGGCCACAAACGUGAAUCGAUAUUGGAGGUUGAUGACACAAUCAAUGUUCCUGGGCUGUUUUCUUUCUCCUCCCCCACAGCGAGCAGUAAUGAGGCAGGAGGAUUGAAAGAGGAAGCAGGUGUCUCAGCGGAGUAUUGGGGAAGGAGGUGGAAGAGGACAGGAUGCUUGAGGAGGCAGGCCAAGCAGGGACUGAGGUGGAGCUAGAUGAGAUGGAGAUGGAGGGCAUGGACCUGAGGGCGGAGGUGGUGAGACUGAAUUUGGAGCUCCGGGAGGCCAACGAGGAGAAACUACAGGCGGCCCGUUAUGGCUUAGUGGUACUGGAGGAGAGCGCUGAACUGAAGAAGAAACACACCCAGCUGGAGGAGGAGUACGACACCCUCAAACAAGAGCAACAGCAACUCAAAGAGGCUCUGGCAGAGUCUGUGAACCACCACAAGCGUGCAGCAGCAGAUGGGGAGACCCGGGAGGAGUGCCUGCUGCAGGAAACUGCCAGCAAGGAGGCUGCCAUGGCAACCAGCAUGGCUGAGCUUCAGGCCGAGUUACGGCAGGCGCGUAUCACUCUGGGCAACGCUCACGCAGAGAUCGACCGUCUGGCUGGCCUCUCCUCCCAGCUAAAGAAGGAGUGUGAGUGUUGGGAGGCGGAGAAGGGCCACAUGAGGAAUGAGAUGAAGGAGUAUAAGGUGCGGGAGCUCCGGCAGCUCCAGGACAACAGUGAGCUGGAGGAGGAGAACACCUGUCUGCAGAAACAGGUGUCUGUACUCAAGCAGAACCAGGUGGAGUUUGAGGCGGUGAAGCUGGAGCUCACCCACAAAGAGGAGCAGGAUGAGGUUCUCCGGGCCCAGCUGGAGGAGGCGGCGCGGCUGAGGGAGAUCGCUGAGCAUCAACUGGACGAGGCCCUGGAGGCCCUGAAAGAGGAGAGGGAGCAGAAGAACAGCCUGAGGAGGGAGCUCUCGGCCCUGGCCCUCAACCCCUUCGACUCUGUGGGCAACCUGGAGCUGCACCUGGAGCAGCUGGAUGACAGUGGCGACAGCGGAGGGGGCCAGAGGAGCUCUGAGGACCAGGAGCACGACCAGGACAGCGGUUACAACAAUGGCCCAGGGUCUGGUUGCGCUCCUACUAAUCCUAACCCCAAGGCAAACGGGCACGUCCAGCGCUUCUCCACCCCCAGGAACAGUGAUGUGUUCCUGAGGCCUGCCCCUGGCCUGGUGUCUGACCUUCUCAGUGAGCUGCACCUCUCAGACAGCCAGAAGCUCAAACAGCAGCUCAUGCAGGCUGAGAGGGAUAAGACUGGUCUGGCCAACACGGUCCAGGACCUCCAGAGGCAGUUGGAGCUGUCCCAGCAGGCCUUCAGUGAGCAGGAAGACAAGGUGGGCUCCCUGACCCAGCAGCUGGAGGCCGUGCAGCUGCAGAAACACAUCCUGCCCCAGGGGAAGGCAGCAGGUGACCGGGGGGACGGCAGCAGCAGGACCCUGGAGAACGGUGCGGAUGACUACGACUAUGAGCUGGACGUAAAGAGCACUGAGGUGCUGGAGGCCCGGAUGAAGGCGGCCGGYGAGGAGCUGCUGAAGCUGCGUGAGGAGCUGUCCCAGGCGGGGAAACGUUACUCAGCCCUGGAGCAGCGCUGCCGGCAGGAGAAGGAGCGGUGGAGGGGAGAGGCCCAUGAGCUGGCUGAGAAGAUCCGCCAGUGCAUCAAGUCCAGCCGGCAGGACCAGGAGCGCAUCAGCGAGCUGGAGAAGGAGAUCGGAGCGACGAGGAAAGUGGCUACUGAUUCUGAGGGUCAUCUCAGCGUGGCACAGGAGGAGCUGCUGGCCUUCUCUGAGGAGCUGGCCAACCUCUACCACCACAUCUGUGUGUGCAACAACCUCACGCCCAAACGCGUCACCCUGGACUACUACCGCGACGGGGCCAGGGGCCAGUCAGGGGGGAGUGGAGGGAGGUCCAACCACCUGCACCCCCAUCACGGACGUAACAAGCGCCGCUCCAACGAGUUGUUUGCGAAAGCAGUGCAUGGAGGAGAUGGAGACAGUAGGCCUGGUACUCCCCAGGACUCCCGUGACAACUCCCCCUCRACACGCUGCUCCUCCCCCACCCCAGUCUGCCCUGGCUCCCCCACGCUGGACUUCAGGGACCCCUCCAACGUACGUAACCUGGUGGCUGUCAUCCGCUGCCAAAUCAAACACCUCCAGGUGGCGGUGGACCUGUGUCGCCACCGGGGCAUGCUGCCCUAUUCGGGAGGGAUCAGCUGUGGAGGAGAGCUGGAAAGUGAGGCCCUCACGGAGGAGGUGCUGAAGCUCAAGUCUCUCCUCAGCACCAAGAGAGAACAGAUCGCCACUCUCAGGACUGUCCUCAAAGCCAACAAACAGACAGCAGAGUUGGCUCUGAGCAACCUGAAGACCAAGUACGAGACAGAGAAGAGCAUGGUGUCUGAGACCAUGGUGAAGCUGAGGAACGAGCUUAAGGCCCUGAAGGAGGACGCUGCCACCUUCUCCUCACUGAGGGUGAUGUUCGCCAGCCGGUGUGACCAGUAUGUYACCCAGCUGGAUGAGAUGCARAGGCAGCUAGCAGCGGCUGAGGAUGAGAAGAAGACCCUGAACUCCCUGCUCCGCAUGGCCAUCCAGCAGAAGCUGGCCCUGACCCAGCGCCUUGAGGACCUGGAGGCCCCUCUGUCCCCCCACGGCCUCGGCAACAGCCCUCGCCGCGCCAGGGCUAAGGAGCUGGGCACCAAAACGGGCCGGAGCCCCCGACGUAACAGCCCCGUACGGAGCAGGAACAGCCCCCGCUCCAGCCCAGUCCCCAACCCUGUGUCCAGCACCGCCAGCCACCACUUCCGAGCCCUUACCCGCAGCCUCCACACCAGCCCUCGGUAAAACCAGUCAGUCGUCACGAUCACCCCAACCCCCCAGUCCUCCACAAGAACCGUGUUCUCCAUGUCCACCUCCUGAAACAAACGCCUUCCCUUCCUCCUGAAGUCRUCAUUCCUCCAAACACAUCCUCUUCAUCCCACACCUCCUGAGUCAGCUCCCAGACCUUUCCACUCUACUCAUCAGACCCAGUGAACUGGCUGCCCUUUCCGUCUUCCUACCCUCUGUAUGGACCCAAGAUGCCUACCUGCAUGCAACCAGGAAAGGAGAGUUAAAGAAGAAAACAUACUCUGAUUUUAUUUAUAAUGUUAUGAAGUAAAGGACUGUUUUUCUGACCUUCACAGUAUUAUUUACCCUUUCUUUCAAACUGAAAACCCUGUCCUGCUGUGUUCUCCUGCUGUUGAUGUAUAUUUAUGCAAAUAUAUUACAUUUUGAUGCUGCUGCAUAGUUUUUUGACACUAGUGAAGACGUUUAGCCUGGCAACAUGCCGAAGUCUGUCUGGCAACGUUCUUCUAGUGUCAGACAGCAUCCCCCCUGGACAACUGCUGCAUAGCCUGACCUCUAUGGCUGCAUCUGAAAUGGCACCCUACUGUAUAUUGUGCACUACUUUUGACCUGGGCUCAUGUCGAUUUGGUGGAAACUAGUGCAAUAGGUAGGGAAUAGGUGUGCCGUUUUGGUUUCAUGGGCAUUUUAAAACACAGCAGCCUUACUAAUCAUAAUUGAAAUACUAAAUGCACACUGAAGAGUCCUGUCUCUCUCGUGUUUUGAGGUUUAUUUAUUUCUUUAGCUCUGCAUCUUCUACUGGCGGUAACUGUUAAAUCCUUCUCUUCGUCCUGUGACUUACCCGACUGUUUGGCUUUGGCCUACCAGCCAUGCCCUUCAGUCAGGCGAUCAAUAUCACUGAUGGAAAUUAUUCAUCUGUACCCUCAGCACCUCAGGUUUAUAUCACAGUUGAAUGAACUAGCUAACAAAAAGAUGGGAGAUAUUUGACGGGCAUGCUUAUUUUCAAACUAUGCAGAUAGCUCUGAGACUGAAGGCCCUGCAGACUGCUGUUUUCCAGGAUCUGAGUAAGGAGUGCCUCAAAGGCUGACGGUUCCAUAGAAAUAGAAUUACGAGAACAGACAUCUGUUUAAUUAUAUUUCUAUGGAUUCUAACUAUUUAAUUUCCCCCUCGUCUCCUGGCAGCAGGGUUGCAGUGGUCGUGGUCUAAUACAUUGUCCCUACUGGACCACACUGCCAGCCUCCUACAGUGCAGGGUCCACGGUGGGGCACAUCCACCUUUAUAUCUAGUAGCCUUAGUGAUUUGGCAAUUUGUUUUAUAAUUUAAAUAUAAGAAAAAAAACAGGCUCAAAUCAACUUGGUCCAGGUGGGUUUCCGUGCUGUGUUUAGUGAAGGUCAAUACAUCAUGCUAAUUGGGGGUUCCAAUGUUGAAAACAGUGCCUUGGUUUUCCUCUUGCUCCAGUCAUUUAAUGUUUAGACUAAAUCACCUUUUUAAAUAUGUUGAACACUGUUGUAGGGAUGAGAUGUGUAGUUAAUUUUUUUAUAUGAUUAUGGAGUUUUGUUUAGCUUUUCGGGAAACUAAUAGGCUCUUUGGUACUUGUUGUAGUUUGUACAUUUUCUUUGUCCUUAAACCCCCCCUCCCCCCCUUCUCACUCUUUCACAAAUGUGUUUGUACAGGUAGGUGUUGUGUAAAUGUAACUGAUCAUCAUACGUCUGUAUGUGUGGACAAAAUUAAUUAGUACAUUCAUUUUAUUUGUCGAUAGAACCUAAUAUGCCCAAAUAAUCCACAUCAAUUUCUGUGUAUGUAAAGUAAGUUAAUUUUGUUGACCUGUGAACGACUUAUUGUGUGAUGGAGAAUAAAGCAACACCACUGUCAGUAAUUGUUGGGUUGAUGACAUAAUAAUCUUA